AUGUCCAACAAUAAAGAGAUAUUGGAGAUCUCUGAUCAUCGCAAUAAUGAACAACGUCAUCACUUACAUAGGCAUCCUGUUCGAUCAAAAAAAAGAGAAAAUCAAACGACAUCACAUCAUUCAUCACGUCCUCCAAAAGAUAGGCGAUCUGCAGCACGAUCGUGGAAGAGACAAGAAUUAAAUAUGAUCCAAGACUAUGCUGAUGUUAGAAAUACUAUGGAUGACGAGCCCUUAGACUUUGGGAGUCCCGAUGAUACGUAUCAUUAUAAUCGCACAACACCUAAUUCUAAACCAUCAAAAAUGUUUUUAAUGGGGACUGCUAUUAAUGAAAGUGAUGCUGCUUUUCUUAAUUUUCUAAAGUUAAUGCUAAGAGAGAAGUAUGGUUCAAGACGAUAUCGAUCACGAAAUUUAGAAAUAAAAGAGCGUCGUUUACAUACAAUGCUUACUUACGUCAUUGAUCAGAGAGAUUCCGAGGGCAUUCGAAUAGUAUUAGACAAUAUAUUUGCAGGUUAUAUCUAUAAAACAAUCAUCGAACAUGUUUGUUCUAAUGGUAGAACAGCUCUUUGGUAUGCAUGUAGAAAUGGAGAUUUAGAACUCGUUCAAGAACUUAUUACACGUGGACAUGCAAAUAUUAAUAAAUGUGGAGUUCUAAUAGUUGCUGUUCAAAAUGGUCAUGAAAAAAUUGUUGAUUAUCUCUUAAAACGAGGAUGUGAUGUUAAUCGACGUGUAAGAAAUUAUAAUGAAAGUGCAUUACAUGCUGCUUCCCGUCGAAAUCAUCUCGGUAUAGUGAAUUUAUUAUUAAAAUAUGGUGCCAAUUCAACUCUACGCGAUAAACAGAAAAGAACUGCUUUAGAUUAUGCUAUACAUAAAAGACAUAUCGAAAUAGCCAAAGUUCUCAUCAAUCAUCAGCAUGAUUGUUUUAAUAUGUCUCCAGCAGGUUAUACACCUUUGAUGUUAGCAGCCUAUUGUGAAAACACACCUAUAAUCGAUAUACUAUGGAAUGUAUUACCUCUACAACAAGUUCUAGACGAAUUAUCAUUAUUAGCUUGUAAAUAUAUAAUCGGUGGUAAUGCAAGUAAGCGUGAUAAAGCAUAUUGUUAUUUCGAAAUGGCAUUAAGUAGAAGAACACCAUUACAUGAUAGUAUAUCCUGCGCAGCGUACGAAUUUCUUAGUGAAUGUCAUACAUUAGAUGAACUUGCUCUUAUACGAGAAAAUGAUAAUAAGAUGCGAAUUGUUCCAACUUUGUCAAUUAUUAAAUUAUUGAUGCGCGGUGGAGCGAAUGUAAACGAAGUUGCUCCACAUACGAAACAAACACCAUUGCAUCUAAUCGCUAAGUGUCAAAAUGUAGAUGUUGCAAGAUCUGUUAUUACAAUUCUCUUAGAUGCAAACGCUCAUAUUGAUAGUAUUGAUCGUGAUGGUUGUCAACCUGAAGAUGUGGCCUAUCACGUCGAAAUCAAAGAGUUUCUCAUUGCAAACCGGAAACAUUCACUGAAAUGUCGCUGUGCUCAUCUAAUCAUUUCAAAAAACUUAUCUUAUAAGAAUUAUCUUUCGUCAAAUCUAAUUAAGUUUAUUCGAAUGCAUAGUUCUGAUGAAUCGACUGUUAACCAACCUUAA